GGUUGGCUGCGGCGCUUUUGUGAGCGGGCCCGCUCCUCCUCGGCGCCUCCCCGGUCCCGCCGCCCAUGGACUCCCCGCCGCGCCCGCAGCGCCCCGCGCCGCCUCUCCCGGCCCUGCGCCGCCCGCCGCCCGGGCCCCCACCAGGCCCCGACACAGGCGAGGUCCUGCAGCAGAUCAUGGCCAUCACCGACCAGAGCCUGGAGGAGGCGCAGGCCAGAAAGCAUGCCCUGAAUUGCCAUCGGAUGAAGCCUGCUCUCUUCAGUGUGCUCUGUGAGAUCAAGGAAAAGACAGGGUUAAGCAUCCAUGGCAUUCAAGAAGAAUGUCCCCCCAACGCUCAGCUCAUGCGGCUGGAUAACAUGCUGCUGGCCGAGGGCGUAUCCAGGCCGGAGAGGCGAGGAAGAGGAGGCCCGGUAGCAGCGGCCAACACAGCAACACCAGGUGGCUGUUCAAAUGACAAUAGCCUUGAACACUCUGACUACAGGGCCAAGCUGUCCCAGAUCCGACAGAUUUACCACUCUGAGCUAGAGAAAUAUGAACAGGCCUGCCGCGAGUUCACCACGCACGUCACCAACCUUCUCCGGGAGCAGAGCAGGAUGAGGCCCGUCUCGCCCAAGGAGAUCGAGUGCAUGGUCAGUGUCAUCCAUGGCAAGUUCAGUGCCAUCCAGAUGCAGCUGAAGCAGAGCACCUGCGAGGCCGUGAUGACCCUGCGUUCACGGUUCCUUGAUGCCAGGCGUAAGCGGCGGAAUUUCAGCAAGCGGGCCACGGAAGUGCUGAAUGAGUAUUUUUAUUCCCAUUUGAACAACCCUUAUCCCAGUGAAGAAGCCAAAGAAGGGCUGGCCAGGAAGGGCGGCAUCACAGUCUCCCAGGUCUCUAACUGGUUUGGCAACAAAAGAAUUCGGUAUAAAAAGAACAUGGGGAAGUUUCAAGAAGAAGCUACCAUUUAUACGACUAAAAUGGCAGUCGGGGGCCUGGGGAGCCAGGCUAGCUGCCCAUCGACACCCAGCUCCGGUUCCUCCGGUCCCUUCCCGCUGACCAGUGCCAGGGAUGCAUUUGUCACCCUGCAGACACUGGCCUCUCUCCGCCCCGCCCCUGCGGGAGGCAGCUUACGGUCUCAGGCCAGGGGCAGCCGGCUGGGAGCCGCCCCCCCGGUGUUGACCGCUUCCCCCUCCGGAGACCCCGGGAGCAUCAACUCAGAUGCAUCUAAUUAAGUUUGGGGGACAAGCAGGACGGCAGACCGCGUGACCCGCCACAGUUUGCUGGCACUUGACCUUCUACUGCGCGUGCAGCCCGUUAUACCUCAGAAAACCCAGAACCGUUGGGUUGCUGCUGUCCGUUGCUUGCCGGCUGGGACUCGAAAUGGUCUCAGAUGCUCUCAUUUUCUCGAUUCAGUUUCGGGUUUUUUUUGACAGUAAUUUUAUGAUAAGACUGUGCAUUGUUUCUUCUAGGACUUGUCACAAUCCUCCCAUUACAACUUUUGACUUCUUUUCACGUUGAUGUUGUUCACACAAGGUUUGUUUCCGGCCACGGCGGUAGCUGGGCGGUGUCCGAGCCGUGAGUCUGUCUGCUCGUUUGUCCCUUCGUGUGCCGACUGGCCCGGACGCCGCCUUCCCCACUCGCUUCUGCCGUAUCAUUUCAUUAUGCUUUUGUUUAAGUCUGUUGUGAGCUCAGAAUUUUACUGGGAAUUGGUUUUGUAGUUUUCUCCGUUAAUAUAAGUUCUUCCAUUCUCAGUUGACGUAUCACUAAAGACAAUAAAUUUCCCAAGUGCUUUCCUGCA